AUGAGAAACCAAAAACCGGCCAACUGCAGAGAGUGGUCCCUGGCCAUGCUACAGAAGGCGUACCGUUCUUCGUGUCGGCGACAUGGCUCGUGGGACCGAAUGAAUUUAUGUCU